GCUUUAAUUACCUGGGGUCCUCUGCUCCAGCCCAGAUGCUGGCCCCGCCUAAGGAGUUGACCGAGACUUUGGUUCCAUUCCUGGACACGGAUUCGGUUGGAGAACUACCCCCAGGGCCAGGUGAGGAUCUGAAUGACCAGCUAACCCAGCAUCAAAGGCUCCCAGAGGUGGUUCCAAUGCCAGGUUGGGAUCAGAAUCAGACCAUAGCUCCGCCUCCUCAACUCAAAAGUAAGACUAAAACUGUAGGUUUAGAUCAGGCCGAAGAUCACCAAUCAUUUGAAAUGCUUGUUCCAUCUCUGGAUAGUCAGAGUUCAAAGCCAACAAAGUUGAUUGUUUCACCCCUAAACCUGAAGGAAGAUCUAGCUCAGCAUCGAAGGCUUGCCAAAGUUGUUGGAACUCCAAACCAAUUUGCAAAUAAAGAGCACCUACAACAACAGCUGCAGGAUGAUUAUUUAGAUUCCAAUAUGGGUCUCCUAUAUCCUGAGGAGAACCUACCUAUGGGUUUCCCAGGGGGACCAGAUCAACUUCCAAACUUCUCUGAGGAGGCUGAAAUUCCUCCACCCUUGCAGAAGACCCCAAAUCAUCUAGAGUCCCCUGAGGAAGCUGAAUCUUUUUUGCCCCAAGGGGAGGCUCAGGCUCAGCAUCCAGAGCCCCCUGAAGAGACAGAAACAUCUCUACUUGAGCAGAAGGCUCCAUCUCGGCGUCCAGAGUCCCUUAAGGAUGGAAAUUCAGCAAACCCACAAGAGGCCCCAGCUGAGCCUUCAAGUACCCCUGAAGAGGUCGAACCUUCUUCAGUCCAGCAGGAGGCCUCAGCUCACCCUACAGAGGCCCCCGAGGAAGUGGAACCUUCUCCGACCCCCCAGGAGGCCCCUGCUCAGCCUCCAGAGCCAUCUAAGGACAUCAUAUCUCAACUGUUAGCACAUCAUGAAGUAAAUGUGCUAUCUCCAAGUCAGAGUGAAGCUCAGAAGCCAAGCUUCCCCAAUGUCACUGUUAAACCUCUGGAUCUUACCAUAACUCUAACUCAGCCUGCGGAGCACCCUGAGGAGGCUGGACCUACCCCAGUCCAGCAGGAGGCCCCCGCUCAGCCUGCAGAGCGCCUCGAGGAGGUUGAACCUACCCCAGUCCAGCAGGAGGCCCCAACUCUAGUUCCAGAGUUCCCUAUCGAGUAUUUAACUCAACUUGCAAUAAGUGAUGAGGUGACAUCUCUACCUCUAGGUCACUAUCCAGAUUAUUUAAUGUUUCCCAGGGUUAUAGGUAAGCCUUUAGAUGUGGAAUUUACCACAACUGCAGGGCCUGAUAAAGGUGUUGAAUCUUCUAUAGCCCAGCAAGAGGCCCCACCUCAGCCUCUUGAACAUACUGAGGAAGCAGAACUUUCUCUAACCCAGCAAGAGACCUCGGGUAAGCCUCCAGAGGAGGUUGAGCCUUCAAGUGAGCAGGAGACCCCAGGUCAGCCUUCCGAGCCUCCUGGGGUGGUUGAUCCUUCUCUAAGGCAGCAGGAGACCCCAGCUCAGCCUUCAGUGCCUCCUGAGGAACGUAAGCCUUCUCUAAGCAAACAGGAACCCCCAGCUCAGCUUCCAGGCCCUUUUGGAGAAGCUGAACUUUCUCCAACCCAGGAGGAGGCCUCAGCUCAGCUUGCAGAGCUCCUUAAUGAGGCAGAAUCUUCAACCCAGCAGGAGACUCCAGCUCAGUCUCCAGGGGAGAUAGAAUCUUCUGCAACCCUGCAAGAGCAACCAGCUCAGCCUCCAGAGCUGCCUUCCAGGGAGGUGGAACCUUCUCCAACCCAGCAGGAGCACCCAGCUCAACCUCUAUGGCAUCAUAAGAUGACAGUUUCACCUCCAGGUCACUACCAUGAUCAACAUUUAAACCUGCCCAAUGUCAGUUUGAAACCUCCAGAUGUGCAGCUUACCAUGACUGCAGAACCCACUACAGAGGUGGGACCUUCUCCAGUUCAGCAUGAGACUAUAGCUCAGCCCUCAGUGCCUCUUAAUGUGGAACCUUUUGAAACCCAGCAUGAAGCCCCAACUCUGCCUCCACAGUCCCCUGAGGUUGAAUCUUUGCCAGUUCAACAGGAGACUCCAACGCAAUCUCCAGAAUCUACCACACAGGAGAAACUUCCAACACAGCAGGAGACCCCAGUUCAGUAUCCAGAAUAUCCUGGAGAAGUUGAACCUUCUACAACCCAGCAGGAGGCCCUAGCUCAGCAAUCACAGGCCCCUGAGGAGGGUGAAUCACCCUCAACCCAGGAGAAGGCCCCGACUCAGCUUCCAGAGGCCCAGGAAGAGGGUGAACCUUCCCCUCUCCAGGAGGAGGGCCAGGGUCAGCACCCACAGGCCUCCAAGGGGAGUGAACCACCUACAACCCAAGAGGAGUCCCCAGCUCAGCAUCCACAGACCCCUGAGGAGGUUGAACCUUCUUCAACCCAGCAGGAGGCUCCAGCUCAGUAUCCUCAGGCAUCAGAGGAGGGUGAGCCUUUUCCAACCCAACCAGAGACCCCAACUCAGUAUCCAGAGCCCCUUGAGGGGACUGAACCUUCUCCAGCCCAGUCAGAGGCCACAACUCAGCAUCCAAAUCCCCUUGGGGAAGUUAAACCUGCAACCUAUCAGGAGGCCCCAAGUCAGCAUCCACAGACCUCUGAGGAAAUUAACCCUUCUGCCACUCAACAGGAAGCCACAGCUCAACAUCCAGAGCCUUCUGGUGAGGUUGAACCUUCUCCAACCCAACAGGAGGCCCCAGCUCACUCUCCAGAGCAUCAGGUGGUAACAGUUUUUCCUCAAGGUCAGAAUCAAGCUCAGCUCCUGCUGUUGCCUAAUGUCACUGUUAAACCUGUGGAUUCCUCAGUUACCAUGACCUCAGAAUCCACUAAUGAGGUUGAAGCUUCUCCACUCCGAGAAGAGGCCUCAGCUCAGUCUGGAGUGUCCCCUGAGCAGUUGGAACUUUCUCCAACCCAGCAGGAGGUCCCACAUCAGUAUCCAGCGCCCCCUGAAAAUGUUGAAUCUUCUCCAGUCCAGCAUGAAGUCUCAACUCCACCCGAAGAUUUUCCUGAGGAAACUGAACUUUCUCCAAGCCAGCAGGAGAGCUCAGCUCUGCCUCAAGUGCCUGUUGCAAGUAUAGAACCUUCUCCAGUCCAGCAAGAGGUCCCAGCUCAGCAACCAAAGCCCAAUGAGGGGAUCGAGUCUUUUCCAGUUCAGUAUGAGCAUCCAGCUCAGCCUCCAGGGUCCUCUACAGAUGUUGUAGCUCAGUCUCCAGUACAGCAUGAGGUGACAUUCUCACCUCCAGGUCCAGGUGAAUAUCAGCAUCCAGUGUUGCCUAAUAUCACAGGUAAACCUGUGGAUCUGAGGAUUUUCAUAAGUCCCCAGGCAACUUAACGAGGUUAAACCUCUUCCAGUGCAGCAGGAUGUCCCUGCUCAAUCUCCUAUUCCCCCUGAGAAAGUUGAAUUUUCUCCAGCUCAGUCCAAGCAACUUUCCCAGUCUCCAGAGUCCCCUGAAGAUGAGUCUUCUCCAGGCCAACAAGAGGUCCUAGCUCAGACUCCAGACCCCCCUAAGGCUGUGGAACCUGCUUCAGGCCAACAGGAGGCCCCAGCUCAGUCUGUAGUCCCCCAGCUGGCCCCAGCUCAGCCUUCAGAGCCUCCUGAGAAGGUAGAACCAUCUCCAGUUCAGCAGGAAGUCCCAGCUCAGCCUUCAGAGCCCCCUAAUGAGGCAGAAUCUUCUCCAACCCCGCAGGAGGCCCUGGUUCAGUCUCCUGUCCCCCAGCAGGCCCCAGCUGUAUCUCCUGAGCCCCCUAAGGAGGUAGAACCUUCUCCCACACUGCAGGAGGCCCCAGCUCAGCCUUCAGAGCCCCCUAAUGAGGCAGAGUCUCCAACCCAGCAGGUGGCCCCAGCUCAGUUUCCAGUCCUCCAGGAGUCCCCAGCUAUAUCCCCUGAGCCCCCUAAGGAGGUGGAACCUUCUCCCACACCUCAGGAGGCCCCAGCUCAGCCUUCAGAGCCCGGUAAUGAGGCAGAAUCUUUUCCAACUCGGCAGGAAGCCCCAGUUGUAUCCCCUGAGCCCCCUAAGGAGGUAGAACCUUCCACACAGCAGGAGGCCCCACUUCAGCCUUCAGAGGCCCCUGAGAAGGUAGAACCAUCUCCAAUUCUGCAGCAGUCUCCAACUCAACCUCCGGAGGCCUCUAAGGAGGCAGAAACUCCUCCAGCCCAGCAGGAGGCCCCAGUUCAGCCUCCAGAGCCACCUGAGGAGGUUGUAGCACAACCUCCAGUCCAUAAAGAGGUGACAGUUCCACCUCUAGGACAAGAGCAAGCUCAGCAUCCAAACUUGCCCAGUGUUACUGUUCAGCCUGCUGACCUGGAGCUUACUGUAACUCCAGAACCUACUGUGGAGGCUGAGCAUUCUACAAUCAUGCAGCAGACUAUAGCUCCUGCAGAGGACACUGAGGUGACAC